AUGGCCGACACUCCUGAAAGCCCCGUCCCCCAGCAACAAACCCCCCAAAAAAACUUCUACCAAAAUGGAGUCAGAACCACCGGCCGUGCUUUUCAUUCUCCCAACUGGCGCCUGAAGGGCGAGGAGAGCCCGAGUGCGCAGAGCGCCGGGUCCCCGGGCCCCAAGACCAGCACCUCGAGACUCGCUUUCAGCAGACCCAGCGCACACGUGCCGCAGGCUAUCUCUGAGGGUCGCCGUCUCUACGUGGGUAACAUGCCCUACACGGCCAAGUCGGAGGAUGUGCAAGCACUCUUUACCGCUGCCGAGUUCCAAAUCGAGCGUAUCGAUAUCGCCAUUGACCCCUUCACGGGCCGCAACCCCUCAUACUGCUUUGUUGAUCUGGAGACGAAGGAACUGGCCGAGCGGGCCAUGGUUGAGUUGGAUGGCCGGGACAUGCUUGGCCGUCCAGUCAAGAUCAAGCCGGGUGUUGUGAAGUCCGCCAGUGAGCGGUCCCAGCAGCAGCAACAGCAGCAGCAGCAGCAGCAGCAGCAACCGCGCGUGGAUGGCUCUCCUCGUGAUGUGAGAAGCUCGCCUUUCAGCGCUGACCGGUGGCGCCGUGGCAACGAUGAUACUCCCUCUUCUCCCGCCCGACCCGUCAACAACGAUGCCAGCCGCCGUCUCUACGUCGGUGGUCUCCCCAAGUUGACCGAUCAGGACGCUCUCAACAUCAACAUCCGUAACUUCUUCAAGGGAUACAAUGUUGAGAACGUCAGCAAGCAGUUCGCCCCUCACCCCGCCAAGCGGUUCGAGCCCGGUGACCACUACUACCUCUUUGUCGAUUUCGACAGCGUCGAUGAGGCUGAGAACGCCAUGGGCGCUCUGCACCGCCAGGAGGGUCCCUGGGGCUCCAUGCUGCGGGUCCAGAGAGCUCGUGGCGAAACCAACACCCAGGAGAGACGUCCCAAGUGGCCGUCUAGCCGGGAUGAUGCAGCAGUCCCUGCUCUUGGCGAUGCCAAUGCUGUUGCUGAGGUUGCGGUCGGCGUAUAG